UUUAAUAAAGAGAUCGCAAGAGACGUCACAUUGGCAGCGGAUUCGGAGAUGGAGGUGGAGAUGGUGGAGGCGGUUGUGGUUGCAGGGAGUCUGGUCUCACUUGUGGUUGCGGUUGUUGUGUAUCUCCAACGAAGAAACGUCCCAAACCAAGAAAUUAUUGGCGUAGACCUUAUGUUAGAAAAGCCUAUCGGAGGCCACACUACAGAAGUAGAAGGCCUUAUUAUAGGAGUAGAAGGCCUUACUGGUGGAAGAGAAGAUAUUUGGUUAUUGAAUAUUAAAGAAUAUAUAAUUUUAACCAAUUUGAACUAA